UGGUGAACAUCUCAGCUUACAGAUUUCCUUGAACGUUGCGGCCUUCAUACACCCUGAGUUCAACUUUGAUGAUGGCUUCUUCCGGCUAUUUCCAGAAGCCCGAGAACAGGAUACUACCUGCCAUUAUAUUCGGCCAAUGGGCGAGUCCAAUUUGGUGGAGAUGUAUGGUGCUUCUAAAGUCGGGUUGCUCUACCUUGUACUUCUUCAGAUACAUAAAUCCGGUUUACUGGCUCUGGAUUAUUUUACGCUCGCUGAUAUGGGCAGCCCUUUACUACUCCAGCUACGGCUUCGGCUUGAAACGUGCAGGAGCCUCACCUUCUGCAUUCAUUUAUUUGGGCAUCUUGGGAGUAUUCGUAAUAGCCAGUAUGUCGUGGAAAGAUACCUAUACGUUGUAUGGAACACGUGGAGCGAGUCAAAAAGCCUUGUAUACUGUACUCGUUACGUUCUGGUGUCUGUACUUCAUUACAGACUUCGGGAACAACUUUCAUGAGAACUAUAUGCAAUCGCAUCGCGAUUGGCGCAGCUCGUCGAAGUUUGUCAUGUUCAUUGACAAUAAAGUGCGAUUGGAAGUACCCUUCUGCGAAGAGAUAAUGGACGAUCGCACUUUCCUCAAAAUGCUCGGGCAUUUUUACUACCUACGGAAGGCCGAAGGAAGACUUAUAGAAGCGCUUAGUGCGAAGUCUCUCGCAAGAAUAGAUGUCGUGAAGGCUGGAGCGCGGGGUUGCUUCUGGUGACACUCAGUCUACUCUCCAGCUCGGACUGUACGGUAGUGCUAAUAGGGCUAUUUACUACUUCAAAAAUCCAGAGGAGAUCACAGGCGAUGGGAUCGUUACGCGAUUGA